AUGGGUGAUGCAGAGCGGGAAAGGGAGGGAAGUGGCGGGGCGGCGGCGGGGCUGGCGACGGGGAUUUUGGCCGGGGAGACGGGCGGGGCGACGAGGCAGAGGAGGACCUUGGGGGAUAUGGUGGCUGAGCAGUUUAGGGGGAGAGGUUAG